CCUAGUGUGUGACUGUGAGUCUGUGAGGGAGCGAGUGAGUGGGUGAGGUAUUGAGGUGAGGCGGAAGCUAGAAAAGGGGCUCCCUCAGGAGCGAGGGACAAAGGGGGCGUGAGGCACCUAGGCCGCGGGACCCCAGCGACAGGAAGCCGCCCCGAGCCGGGCUACCGGGUAGGGGAAGGGCCCGCGCAGUCCUCACAGGGCCCCAGAGCCGGAGUCGGCCCCACAGCUCCGGGCCGUCGGCCUCCUACUUCCUCGACCUCCCCGGCCCCUGGGCCUGAGGACUGGCUUGGCGUGGGUAGGAGGGGAAACAGACUCGAGCGGCUACCCGUUGUCUCGCAACUCCACUGCUGAGGAACUCUCAUUUCUUCCCUGGCUCCUUCACCCCCCACCUCAUGUAGGAGGGUGCCGAGGAGUCGGGAGGGAGGAGGAGCCUGGGCUACCGUCUCUUCCCUCCCCACCCCCUAGUAGGGGCGCUUUGGUAGGCGUGGGGCUGGGGCUGGGGGGGAGGGUGGGGGUUACUUUUUGGAGUGCUGGGGAACUUUUUCCCCUUUUUGAGGCCAGGGGGAAGGGAAUGCCCAAUCCAGAGAGACAUGGGGGCAAGAAGGACGGGAGUGGAGGAGCUUCUGGAACUUUGCAGCCGUCAUCGGGAGGUGGCAGCUCCAACAGCAGAGAGCGUCACCGCUUGGUGUCGAAGCACAAGCGGCAUAAGUCCAAGCACUCCAAAGACAUGGGGUUGGUGACCCCCGAAGCAGCACCUUUGGGUACAAUCAUCAAACCUUUGGUGGAGUAUGAUGACAUUAGCUCUGAUUCCGAUACCUUCUCUGACGACAUAGCCUUCAAACUGGACCGGAGGGAGAAUGAUGAACGUCGCGGGACUGAUCGGAGUGACCGCCUGCACAAACACCGUCACCACCAGCACAGACGUUCCCGGGACUUGUUAAAAACUAAACAGACAGAGAAAGAAAAAAACCUGGAAGCCUCCAGCAAGUCGGGAUCGAUGAAGGACCGGAUAUCAGGAAGUUCAAAGCGUUCAAAUGAGGAGAAUGAUGACCACGGGAAGGCGCAGAUCUCCAAAAGCAGCAGCAGCAACAAGGAAUCCAGGUCAUCCAAACUCCAUAAGGAGAAGACCCGGAAAGAACGUGAAUUGAAGUCUGGGCACAAAGACCGGAGUAAAAGUCAUCGGAAAAGGGAAACACCCAAAAGUUACAAAACCGUGGACAGCCCCAAAAGGAGAUCCAGGAGUCCCCACCGGAAAUGGUCGGACAGCCCCAAGCAAGAUGAUAGCCCCUCAGGAGCUUCUUACGGCCAAGAUUAUGACCUUAGUCCCCCGAGAUCUCACACCUCUAGCAAUUAUGACUCCUACAAGAAGAGUCCGGGGAGCACCUCAAGAAGGCAGUCAAUCAGCCCACCUUACAAGGAGCCUUCGGCCUACCAGUCCAGCACACGGUCACCGAGUCCCUACAGUAGACGACAGAGGUCUGUGAGUCCCUAUAGCCGGCGACGUUCUUCCAGCUAUGAAAGGAGUGGCUCUUACAGUGGGAGAUCACCCAGUCCCUAUGGUCGAAGGCGGUCCAGCAGCCCUUUCCUGAGCAAGCGCUCUCUGAGCCGGAGUCCUCUCCCCAGAAAAUCCAUGAAGUCUAGAAGUAGAAGUCCUGCAUAUUCAAGACACUCAUCUUCUCAUAGUAAAAAGAAGAGAUCCGGGUCACGCAGUCGACAUUCCAGUAUCUCACCUGUCAGGCUUCCAUUGAACUCCAGCUUGGGAGCUGAACUCAGUAGGAAAAAGAAGGAAAGAGCAGCUGCUGCUGCUGCAGCAAAAAUGGAUGCAAAGGAAUCCAAGGGUUCACCUAUAUUUUUGCCUAGAAAAGAGAGCAUUUCAGUAGAAGCUAAAGAUUCAGGCUUGGAAUCUAAAAAGUUACCCAGAGGUGUAAAAUUGGAAAAAUCUGCCCCAGAUACUGAAAUGGUGAAUGUAACACAUCUAAACACAGAGGUCAAAAAUUCUUUAGAUACAGGGAAAGUAAAGUUGGAUGAGAACUCUGAGAAGCAUCCUGUUCUUAAAGAUUCGAAAGUACAGGGAACAAGAGACUCUAAACCCGUAGCACUGAAAGAGGAGAUUGUUACUCCAAAAGAGACAGAAAUGUCUGAAAAGGAGACCCUUCCACCUCUUCCCAUAGUUACUUCUCCACCUCCUUUACCAACUACUACCCCUCCACCUCAGACACCCCCCUUGCCACCUUUGCCUCCACUACCAGCUAUUCCACAGCAACCACCUCUGCCUCCUCCCCAGCCAGCAUUUAGUCAGGUUCUUUCUUCUAGUACUUCAACUUUGCCCCCUUCUAUUCACCCAAGGACAUCUACUCUGUCCUCUCAGGCGAAUUCUCAGCCCCCUGUACAGGUUUCUGUGAAGACUCAAGUAUGUGUAACAGCUGCUAUUCCACACCUAAAAACUUCAACGUUGCCUCCUCUGCCCCUCCCACCUUUAUUACCGGGAGAUGAUGACAUGGAUAGUCCAAAAGAAACUCUACCUUCAAAACCUGUAAAGAAAGAGAAGGAGCAAAGGCCACGUCACCUACUCACAGACCUCCCUCUCCCUCCAGAGCUCCCUGGUGGGGAUCCAUCUCCCCCAGACUCUCCAGAACCAAAGGCAAUCACACCACCUCAGCAACCAUACAAAAAGAGACCAAAAAUUUGUUGUCCUCGUUAUGGAGAAAGAAGACAAACAGAAAGCGACUGGGGGAAACGCUGUGUGGACAAGUUUGACAUUAUUGGGAUUAUUGGAGAGGGAACCUAUGGUCAAGUAUAUAAAGCCAAGGACAAAGACACAGGAGAGCUAGUGGCCCUGAAGAAGGUGAGGCUGGACAAUGAGAAAGAGGGCUUCCCAAUCACAGCCAUUCGUGAGAUCAAAAUCCUUCGUCAGCUAAUCCACCGAAGUGUUGUUAACAUGAAGGAAAUUGUCACAGAUAAACAAGAUGCUCUGGAUUUCAAGAAGGACAAAGGAGCCUUUUACCUUGUAUUUGAGUAUAUGGACCAUGACUUAAUGGGACUGUUGGAAUCUGGUUUGGUGCACUUUUCUGAGGACCAUAUCAAGUCAUUCAUGAAACAGCUAAUGGAAGGAUUGGAUUACUGUCACAAAAAGAAUUUUCUGCAUCGGGAUAUUAAGUGUUCUAACAUUUUGCUGAACAACAGUGGGCAAAUCAAGCUAGCAGAUUUUGGACUUGCUCGGCUCUAUAAUUCUGAAGAGAGCCGCCCUUAUACAAACAAAGUCAUUACUCUGUGGUACCGACCUCCAGAGCUUCUGCUGGGAGAGGAGCGUUAUACACCAGCGAUAGAUGUUUGGAGCUGUGGAUGCAUCCUUGGGGAACUGUUCACAAAGAAGCCUAUUUUUCAAGCCAAUCUGGAACUGGCUCAGCUCGAACUGAUCAGUCGACUCUGUGGUAGCCCUUGUCCAGCUGUGUGGCCUGAUGUUAUCAAGCUGCCCUACUUCAAUACAAUGAAACCGAAGAAGCAAUAUAGAAGGCGCCUACGAGAAGAAUUCUCUUUUAUCCCUUCAGCAGCACUUGAUUUACUGGACCACAUGCUGACGUUAGAUCCUAGCAAACGUUGUACAGCUGAACAGACCCUACAGAGUGACUUCCUUAAAGAUGUUGAGCUCAGCAAAAUGGAUCCUCCAGACCUCCCCCACUGGCAGGAUUGCCAUGAAUUAUGGAGUAAGAAACGGCGACGGCAGCGACAAAGUGGUAUUUUGGUAGAAGAGCCACCUCCACCCAAAGCCUCUAGAAAAGAAACUAUCUCAGGGACAAGUGCUGAGCCUGUGAAGAACAGCAGCCCAGCACCACCUCAGCCUGCUCCUGGCAAGGUGGAACCUGGGGCUGGGGAUGCAAUAGGCCUCGGUGACAUAACACAGCAAUUGAAUCAAAGUGAAUUGGCAGUGUUAUUGAACCUGCUGCAGAGCCAAACCGACCUGAGUAUUCCUCAGAUGGCACAGCUGCUUAACAUCCACUCCAACCCAGAGAUACAGCAGCAGCUGGAGGCCCUGAACCAAUCCAUCAGUGCCCUAACAGAAGCCACUUCCCAACAGCAGGACUCAGAGCCCACAGCCCCAGAGGAAUCUUUGAAGGAGGCACCCCCUGCCCCAGUGGUCCAACCUUCAGCAGAACAGACAACCCCUGAAACUGCAAGCACACCAGCUGACAUGCAGAAUAUGUUGGCAGUUCUCUUGAGUCAACUAAUGAAAACCCAGGAGCCAGCAGGCAACCUGGAGGAAAACAACAGUGACAAGAACAGUGGGCCACAGGGGCCCCGAAGAACUCCCACAAUGCCACAGGAGGAGGCAGCAGCAUGUCCUCCUCACAUUCUUCCACCAGAGAAGAGGCCCCCUGAGCCCCCCGGACCUCCACCGCCGCCACCUCCACCCCCUCUGGUUGAAGGCGAUCUUUCCAGCGCCCCCCAGGAGUUGAACCCAGCCGUGACAGCCGCCUUGCUGCAACUUUUAUCCCAGCCUGAAGCAGAGCCUCCUGGCCACCUGCCACAUGAGCACCAGGCCUUGAGACCAAUGGAUUACUCCACCCGACCCCAUCCCAACAGGACUUAUGGAAACACUGAUGGGCCUGAAACAGGGUUCAGUGCCACUGACACUGAUGAACGCAACUCUGGUCCAGCCUUGACAGAAUCCUUGGCCCAGACCCUGGUGGCAGCCGCAGUAGGAGUGAUGGCCCCUGAGGAAUUUGGUAACGUCCAUCAGUUACCUGACAUCUGGAGCCCUGGCAAAUUCUGUCUCUUUAUCACAGACUUUAAGGCCAGGUUUGAUGGGAGAUCCCCACCCCCCGUCCAAACACUGCGCAAGACACCAGAAGUAGAGGUCUGCCAGCCUGCUUAUUUCCAUCCUCAAUGCCCAGCACUGGGCAGGUCACCAACCUACAGUGCCUACCCCAUCCUUGCUGCCAGAUGUGAAAACGGAGACCCAGAGAAGGGAAAUCAGUUGAAUCCUGUCCUAGAGUUGCUUUUGUUCCUGGAUUUGGAGAGUUCCUGGGAACACAGGGAAAGUGUAUCCCAUUGAGGGUGAGAGAGCUGGAUGUCUGAACCUCCCACCUUGACACCUCGAAGGUUAUCAUGCAGAUCCCCUCUCUAGCUCCCAAAGCCAUGGAAGAGGUGAAGGAAGAUAUUUCAGAGGUGGCAGUGCCAUAAUGUCCAUCAGUACCCAGGGAGAGAAGCCAAGGAGAAGAAACAGUGACCAGAGAGGGAGCCAGAAGGAGAUGCCUGCUCCUGAAACAGCUUUCUUACCCCAGCCCCUCCCACGCCCCCUCUCACGUGUCAGCAAGGCUCUGUGCCCGCGUUGUGCCAGCUCUCCUGGCUGGUGACCCUGCUUUGCCAUACCGGCAGCUGGCCCUCUGCUCUAACACAGAGCACAUGCUGGGGUAUCUCACACUGCUUUCUAACUCAUCCCACUGUGUCUGGAGUGCAGAUUCCUAGGGAUGAAGGAGGGGGCUGUGGCCCUGUGAGUAGAAAGAUGGUGGGCUCUGGGGCCCUUUAGGUGCGUAUCUGCCUGGCUGGAGCGGCUGUGGGGAGGGAGAAGGCUGCUGGCAGCUCAGCUGAGCUCAAGGUUCUGGUGACUCAUAGCAACGGGGGUGGCUCAUGAAAACAACAGAGAGGAAGGGGGUCCAGGCCUGUUUGAGCUCUCUUUUGCCCCAUUUCUCCCCCACUCUGAGCUCUGUAGAUAGAGGUCUCUCAUCUGGACUGUGGGGCAAGGAGAGGUCCCAGCUAAGAAAGAGAGAGGGAAAUGGGAGAGAAGAUAGCAGGGGAGGCUGAGCGUUCCCAGGGAGAGGCUUCCCAGUGAGGAAAGGAUAAGAGAGGCUAGUUAUUCUUGCUCCACUGUAUCCACGGGCUGCACAGAGGGUACUGUGCUGGGGCAGCUCAGCACUCCUGGGCACCUUCCAGGAAAGGGGCUUUCCAGGCAGACACAGCUACUCCUCCCUGCCCUCACUUACCUGCCCAGAGGUCUGGGUACCCAUCUGACACCACAUGACUUAGAAAUUUAAAAAAGGGGUUGGGGGGCACUAUUAUAAGACCAGAACCUGGAAUAAUUAUCACUUGGUCUCAGCACUCUCUUUGCUGGAAACAGAAACCAUGAUCUUCAAAGGUGCAGAUUUUCUCUUCCCUUACAUGUCAGGUGGGCAAUGUACAUCUUCUCCAGACUUUCUGAAUCGGGGGUAAUGGAAUACUGUGUUUGAGGUCACACCAGCAGAACAGAGCCAGAAAGUGGACCAGGAGAACCAGCCAUGCCUCUGACCACAGUCCCAGGGUCCUCCCUGUUUCAGCAAAAGGAAAUAGGGAUCUUGGAUACCAGUGUAUCCAGAUACAUAAUAAAUAUCCUCCUUCUAACCUCAGAGGGGAGUUCUCUGACAGAGCCUAAGUUUUCAUUUGCCUAUUUCUGUUCCUUUCACUGAUGGCAGCUCUGCUGUCCAGCUGGGAUGAGGGGCCCUCUGCUGGGAUGCUUCUAGGGAUCCAGAGACCGUUUUAGUUGAAGAAAGGGACAGACCAGCUGCUCUUCAUGUUGGGAGAUGGGACCAGCUCCACCCCCCAGCUCUCCCUGGCAGUAUCAGGAGCUCAGGGGCCCCUGCUGGAACACCCAGAAUAAAGCUCAAUCCUGAACUGAACUGACGUAUCACCUGGCUCUGGUAUGAACGUGGUGCUGUGAGGGGGGUGCACAUGUGGGUGCAUCAUGUGGGGGGCAGGCAGGUGUGGGGAGUUCAGCCCCAGGAGAUACAAGGAUCACUCCUCAAUACCACGUGUUCCCCUUCUUAAACCUUCUCCUCAGUCCCCCUUUUAUUCCGCCUCCCUUCAGUUGACUCCACUCCUGGCUACCUCAUGCUCUGCAAUCUGAGAAGACAUGGUAAGUAUGAAAAAAGAAAAGUAUAUUCCCUAUGCUUUCCCCUCUCUUACUCUCCUCUCCUCCUCCCAACUCCCAGCGAAGAGUUACCCCAUUUGACUUCUUCCUACCAGUGAAUGCCCUCAGGAUCUGAACCUGGAAUCCCCAGCCUCUACAACCCCACUUCCUCUGAGAAUGCCACUCUGGCUCUGAGACUGACUCACCAGUCCUCGUCCUCCACAUAAGUAUUACCAGGCCAAGACAGGUGUGUCAACUGGCACCAAGGGCCCUGACCUGAAGCAAAGCGCAGCCCUAGGGGUACAGUGGGGCUUGGACCUAAAUGCGUAUAUGCCUGUGCAUUGGGCACACUGGUUUAUUAGUGUUAUUUCAGCAUUGUGAUGCAGAGAGAGUAAGUGUAACAGCUGCUCCUUGCUUGCAGUGUUUAUUGUUACCUAGAGACAACCUCCUGGCUUUUUCCCAGCUCCCCCUCCCCCCCCCCGCCCAACCCCCUCCCUGCCAACAGUCCUGCUCUCCCCACACUGAUGGGAAAUUUAUAGCUUGCCCAUACCAUGCCUUUAACCCUCUCCUGUCCAUAAGGUAGGUGGGUCAUGGAAGCCAAAGUGAGCAGGGGGCAUGCUUAGGCCCCAGCAGGGUAGAAUAGUGCGUGGAGGAGGGAAGGAAGGAUGGAGGGAGGGAAGACACCUCUUCUUCCCAAUCUAUAUCUAGACUCAGGCCCCAGUUUCCCUCCUGGCUCUCAUGUUGAGAGAAAAGAGCUUUGGACCUAGUCUUGGGAUCCCAGGCUCCUCAUCACAAGAUUAUUCUCUUCCCUGGGUAUCUAAGCACCCCAGUUGGGCUGUCUGAUCCUGAGCAAGUACAGCAAGGUCAUAUUGAGACAGGAGGAGUAAAUGUAGAGUGGCAGAACCCCCAGAUCCCUCCUUUCUAUAGAGAUGUCGUAUUAAGACAAACAAGAGGCGUUAGCAUGAGGGAUGCUGGCCAGACCUCCAUAGCUGGGUAGAUGUCAAACAUGAAGCUGGCUGCUGAGCCUGCUGGAGAAAACUGCCCACCUUAACUUCACCCUGAGCGCAGCACUAAGGUCCUGAGAGAGUCCCAGGCCAUCCUCCAAGCUGGUCUCCUUGGUCUGAUUAGGCUACUCUCUCUGCUUUUCUUCCUGGUCCGUUUUCUCCUGCUCAUCUUUUAGUUUGAUACCUUGAGGAAGAUCCAAGAGACCAAGGGAACUGAGGCCUCAACAGUCCUGGGGAAAGACAAACUCCUCUAUCCCCUCCUCACCCAGGACUUUUCGUGGAGGGGCACCAUGUCAUAUAUUCACCAUCCCUACUGUAUCCAUGGAAAAAGAGAGGAAAAGGGAUUGGAUUUUAGCAGAAAGGAUAGAGGUUAGACAUAUGGAAAAACUUACUCAUGGGAUAUAAGACUUCAGAAUGGACCUACUUCUCUUUAGAGAUUUUGCUUUUGCCUGGGAUGAGUUUAAGUCUCUGUCUACCUGAGGGGCAUUGGAAGAACAGGGGUACUUUUCUGGGGCUCCUCCAGAUGUGGGCCUCAGUGUAGUUUCUUCCUCAGUUCUUCUAAAUGUGGUAUGUGUGGUGGUUAGAUUGUAAGUUUUAGAGGCCGACAGCCUUGAGUUCCAAUGCCAGUGCUGCCAUUUACUAUCUGUGCUACCUUGGAAAAUCGCUUAACCUCUUUCAGCCCUCGUUUCCUUGUCUGUGAAAUGCAGAUAAACGACCUUUUAAAGUGGUGAAAGGAAUUUAGUGAAAUAAUGUGUGUAAAGUGCCUAGGACAUCGCCUGAUAUUGAGUAGGUGCUCAGUCAACAGUGGUUGAUACAACAGUCUAUUACUUUUAUGGAGUCAUCAGGGCUGACAGUGUGUCAAAGACUCUACGAGUCCCCUGGAAUUAUAGGCAAAUGUGAGUGUAUGCAUAUGCUGGAGAAAAUGUUCAUAGUUUUAUUGAUGAUUUGGAACAUGGGGUGGCAGUCUCCUGGAAAGGAAGUAGCCCUAAUCCUUUGACUCACACUCCCAAAGAAGUCAGUUUCCCCAUUCCCAUGCCUCCAGCUAGGAGUUCCUUAGGUAGUGUUCUGCCUGGAAGUACAGCUUCAUCUAGGAUGGAGCUGGGAGAGACAGCCAUUAAGGUAGCCACGUAGAGGAGUUCCCUGGUGGUCCAGUGGUUAGGAUUCUGCGCUUCCACUGCAGGAGUUUCCCUGGUCAGGGAACUAAAAUCCUACAUGCUGUGCGGCACAGCCAUAAAUAAAUAAAUAGAUUAAUUAAUUAAUUAAUAAAGCAACACAGAGCACUUGCUAAGCACUUUACAGUUUGUCAAGUGCAUUUACCUACAUGACCUCUUUUAAUACCCAGAACAUGACAAUAAACUGAAGAGAACUACCAUUUAUUGAGUUCCAGGCAUUGUGCUGGAUGUUUGUUUGUUUUUUUAAGUAUGUUUAAAGUAUACAGAGUAUUUCAUCACCUAGAUAUGCCAUGAUUUAUAAAGCUCAUCCACUGUUUUAAUCAUUUAGAUAUGUUUACUGUUAUAAAUAAUACCACAGUGAACAUCCUAUCACAUAAAACUUCAUGCAUUUUUUUAUAGUAAAUUCCAGGAAGUGAAAUUAUUGGGUCAACAGAUAGAAAUAUCCCCCCUCCCCAUAUUUAUGAUCAUUUUAUUGAUGUACCAUAAUGAGAAUAUUUUUUAAUCUUCCUCUUUGGAAUUCUGCAAUGGAAACACAAGGGCAGCCCCUUCUCUCUCCUAUACCCAGUAGAAACAUUAAUAAUCUAUCAUAUCCUUUUUUAAAAACUGAGGUAAUUGUAGAUUCAUAUGUAGUUGUAAGAAAUAAUACAGAGAAAUCCCUUGUACAUUUUGCCCACUUUCACCCAGUGGUAACAUUUUGUAAAACUAUAGUAUAACAUCACAACCAGGAAAAUUGACAUUAGUUCAGUCCACCAGUUUUAGUCAUAUUUCCCCAGUUUUACCUGUGUAAGUGUGUUUAUUAAGUUCUGUACAAUUUUAUUACCUGUGUAAAUACAUACAUCUGCCACUACAGUCAAGAUACUGAACAGUUCCAACACCACAAAGAUUUUCAUGUGGCCCUUUUAUAAUCACCCCUACAUCACCCCCUUCUGAACCCUUGGCAACCACUAAUCCAUCCUCCACUUUUAAAAUUUUGUCAUUUGAAAAAUGGAGUCACACACUAUGUAACUUUUUAGGAUUGGAUUUACUCAGCAUAAUUCUCUGGAGACCCAUCCAAGUUUUGGAAUGUAUCAAUAGUUUGUUUCUUUUUUUCCAUGAUAUGGAUGUACCACAGUUUAACCAUUCACCUAUUAAAGAACACUUUGUACACAAUGUUGUAAAUCAACUAC